UGGUGCUCCGCCGCCGUGAUGCCGCCAUGGGCGUUGCGGUGGAGACGGGAUGGCGUGGUCUGGCGUAAGCUGAGCCCACCUGGCUUCACCACGUGGUCUGGGGUAUAACCGAGUGGGUCAGGGCGACGCGGAGAUUGCUCCGAAGACUCGGGAUGACCCAUUUCGUCCCCGCGAGGAGGGACCGCUGCUACGGGGCGGGCCGGUACUGUGGUCCAGGAUCCUGACGGGUCGGAUUUCUCUCUCUCUGGCGAGAUCAUCGCCUGGGGCUUCCAGGCCAUCCUGCCGGAAAGAGGUAAAAGGGUGGGGUCUUGUCACCGCGUUGGAAAGCCCGUUCCAAUGCCAUCGUCUCCCGAAACCUGCCGGGAUCACCUGGAAGUGGCGCCUGGCACCCGUCAAUGCGUGGAUUUACCAGAACUUAACCGUCGCCCGCGCAUUCGACCCACUUCGUGCACAUAUUAACGGACCAGGGGCAUCCGCUUUCGGACUUGCUGUGUGACCAGGACACAGCGCUUUCCUCCUCUGUGUCUCGCGUACCUGUGACUCCGGGCCGAUUAGGUUGCUUUGAAGAUGGAGCCAGAGGAGAGAAGCCACGAGUUUGAAAGGCGGUAAAACGGGUUUGGUGGCCACAGCCCAGCGGAAAGGCGCGAGUCUCAGCACAUCCCUAACUUCUGAUCCAUCGCCUUGAUGACAGCACCCCCGUGUGCCUUCCCGGGUCACUUCCCGAAGCCCUCAGUCAGUGGCCUCUCCCAGGUCACCAGAAGCUUAUAUAUCAGCAGCCGUGCAGCUGCCAACAACAGGCUCCUCCUGUCCAGCAACCGGAUCACCUCAGUUGUCAGUGUGUCGGAGGAGGUGGCAGACACCCGAGACAUCCAGUACCUGCAGGUGCCUGUGGCUGACGCACCCAUGGCGCAGCUAUGUGACUUCUUCGACCCCAUCGCUGACCACAUCCAUUCAGUGGAGAUGACACAGGGCCGCACACUGCUGCACUGCAGUGCUGGCGUGAGCCGCUCGGCCACCCUGUGCCUUGCCUACCUCAUGAAGUACCAAGGCAUGUCCCUGCUGGAUGCCCACACGUGGACCAAGUCAUGCCGGCCCAUCAUCCAUCCCAACAGUGGCUUUUGGGAACAGCUCAUCCGGUACGAGUUCCAGCUGUUUGGCAAGUGUACUGUGCACAUGGUCAGUUCCCCACUGGGAAUGGUCCCUGACAUCUACGAGAAGGAGGUCCGCUCCAUGAUUCCCCUAUGAGCCCAGCCCCUCCGUUGGUGUCAGCAUGCCAGAUCUGCCAUGGAUCCUAGGUGAAGAUCUAGAAUUCAACAUUCUACUUCUGCUGACACAGGAGCACAGCCUUUUCUAAAGGCAAGAAGAGCCCGGUGCCAUGGCUCACACCUGUGUAAACCUACUCAGGA